GCGGUCCUUCCUUGGGAGGGGUGACAUCAGCGCCAGAGGAGGGGAGGAGCAGGAGAGGUUGGGAUGCGGCGGAUGCUGCGGAUGCUGCUGCCCGGAGAGCCCUGCAUCCCCAGAGUCUAGCAGCCCCUCUCCUGGCCCUGCAGCCCUUUGCCCUGCUGCCUGCCUGCCUGCCUGCCUCCCAUCCCUGCUGCCUGCCUGCCUCCUCCUCAUGCAAACCGCCUCUCUCCCUGCCCUCUCCGCUGCUCCCCCAUCCCUACCGAGCGAGUGAGCCCUGCAGAUGCCGCUGUGACCUGCCCCCCUCCGCAUUGCCCCCCAUGGUCCUGCCCCUGCUGGUUUCCGCCUCCAAGCUGUGCCGCUUGGCCAUGGGCAGCAGCCUGGAAGCAGCCGCCGGGCCUGGCCCGGGCAGCCCGUGGGGGGGCUGGUGGGCAGAGGGUUCCUCCCCGGAGGCGGCCUCCCCCACCACCGCGGGCCUGAGCAGGGACAUCCGGGAGGCCCUCCACCGGGCCCUGCCCGACCUCCACCAGGCCAUCUCGGCCACCAAGCAGGCGGUGGGGCCCAGAGACCUCCAGUGCGGCAUGGCGGCCAUCCUGGCCCUGGUGGAAGAAGCCUGGGUGAUGCCGGCCGUGGGCCGGGAGGUGGCCAAGGGCCUGUGCGACGGCAUCCGCCUGGAGGGGGGCCUGGACCUGCUGCUCUCCCUGCUCCAGUCCGCCGAUUUGGAGACCAAGUGCCAGGCGGGCCGGCUGCUGGAGCAGAUCCUGGUGGCCGAGAACAGGGACCGCGUCGCCCGGGUGGGGCUGGGGGUGGUCCUGAGCCUCUCCAAGGAGCGGGACCACCCUUCGCUGGCCCGCAGCACCUCGGGCAUCCUGGAGCACAUGUUCAAGCACUCGGAGGAGACCUGCUUCCAGCUGAUCGCCCACGGGGGCCUCGACACCCUCCUCUACUGGUGCCGCGGGAGCGACCCGGCGGUCCUGCGCCACUGCGCCACCGCCCUGGCCAACUGCGCCAUCUACGGCGGGCCGGCCAACCAGCGGCUGAUGGUGGAGAAGAAGGCGGCCGAGUGGCUCUUCCCGCUGGCCUUCGCCAAGGGCGACCCCCUGGUCCAGUUCCACGCCUGCCUGGCCAUCGUGGUGCUGGCCACCAACAAGGAGGUGGAGAAGGAGGUGGAGCUCUCGGGCACGCUGGCCCUGGUGGAGCCCUUCAUCGCCACCCUCGACCCCGGGCACUUCGCCCGCACCCUGCUGGGCAGCAGCGACAACAGCCAGGGCCGGGCGGCCGACGACCUGCAGCGCCUGGUGCCCCUGCUGGACAGCUCCCGCCUGGAAGCCCAGUGCAUGGCCGCCUUCUACCUGUGCGUGGAGGCGGACAUCAAGGCCCUGCAGAAGAAGACCAAGAUUUUCGACGAGAUCGGGGCCAUCCAGAGCCUCAAGAGGAUCGUCUGCUACUCCGCCAACGGCACCACCUCCGCCCUGGCCAAGAGGGCCCUGCGGGCGAUGGGGGCGGAGGUGCCCCGCCGCCUGCUGCCCACCGUGCCCAACUGGAAGCCUCCGGAGGUGCAGGAGUGGCUCCAGCAGAUCGGCUUCGUCCAGUCCUGCCCCAAGUUCCUGGAGCACCAGGUGGACGGAGACCUGCUGCUGAGGCUGACCGAGGAGGAGUUGCGGGUGGACCUGGGCAUGGCCUCCAGCCUCACCCGCAAGAGGUUCUCCCGCGAGCUGACCGAGCUGAAGACCCACGCCAACUACUCCACCUGCGACCACAGCAACCUGGCCGACUGGCUGGGCCACGUGGACCCCAAGUUCCGCCAGUACACCUACCCGCUGGUGACCUGCGGCAUCGACCGGAACUUCCUGCACCGGGUCACGGAGCAGCAGCUGCAGGAGGACUGCCAGGUGGAGGUGGGCUUCCACCGCGUCCGGAUCCUCUCGGCCGCACGCGAGAUGCUCCACUCCCCGCUCCCGUGCAGCAGCGGCAAGUCCAGCUCCGAAGGGACAGAUGUUUUCAUUAGCUACCGAAGAAGCACCGGAUCCCAGCUAGCCAGCCUCCUGAAGGUCCACCUCCAGCUUCACGGCUUCAGCGUCUUCCUCGACGUGGAGAAACUGGAGGCCGGGAAGUUUGAGGACAAGCUGAUCCAGAGCGUGACGAGCGCCCGCAACUUUGUGCUGGUCCUUUCGCCCCACGCCUUGGAUAAAUGCAUGGGGGACGCCGAGUGCAAGGACUGGGUCCACAAGGAAAUUGCCACCGCCCUCAGCUGCGGGAAGAACAUCAUCCCCGUCACGGACCACUUUGAGUGGCCCGACCCGGAGCAGCUCCCCAAGGAUAUGAGCGCCGUCCUGAAAUUCAACGGCAUCAAGUGGUCCCACGAGUACCAAGAGGCCACCGUGGAGAAGAUCAUCCGCUUCCUGCAAGGACGCUCCUCCCGGGAUUCCUCUGCCGGCUCAGAGAACAGCCUGGAGUGUGGGCUCCCUCUGGGGCAGGCCUGAUCCUGGAAGGAGCUGCCCCCACCGAGGGAAGGGGCAGGUGGGGCUGAGGAGGAGGAGGAGGAGGAGGCGGCUGGGGGGCUGCCCUUCCUCAUGACCCGGCUCCUGUCCUGCCGUCCAUACUUGCUGCUCCCCUUACGGACGGGCCACGAAGGGGAGGGUGCUGACCUCUGCGGAGAAACGCGCCCCUUCCUUCUCCCCUUGCUUGCGGCGUCCCCCCUGCGGCUCUCCGCCCUCUUUGUGCCUGCCGAGACCCCUCCUUGCUAAAUCCAGCGGGGUCUUGUUUUCCAAGAACCACUGCCCUGCCAUUGUUGACAAGGAGAGCGAGGCCACGACCGGAGGCUUCUGGACGAUCCGGGGGAUGAUUAAAGAAUAAAAGGUCUGGCAUGGACAAGAGGCCGUGCUGGAGAAGGCUUAA